CUAUACACAUCUACGAAACCACCGUGGCUACACUCCCAGCAGCUAUCCGCCUCAAACACCUAACUCGCCUCCUCCCCUCCGCCCUCAAUCCCACCCUCUCCCCUCAAUCCAGAACCCACCAGACCAAACCCCACACAACGACCACCACCACUACAACCCCCAAAAUGCCCCCCUCAACUACAACUAAAGCAACAACAGCACCCCCCUGGUCCCCCCUUUUCAAAUCCCACCUCACCUCCCCAUCCAACAAAUCCAAAUCCUUCACUCUCGCCACCGUCACCACCACCAAAGACGGCACCCCCGUGCCCCGCUCCCGCACCUGCGAGCUCCGCGGCUUCUUCCCGGAGGUUUUCAGUCUGCACCGCAGCGCCGCCGACGCGCUGGAAGCGCAGGGCAUCGGCCGGAACCCCGACGGGCGAUUUGAGAGCGAUAUGCCGGUGUUCACGACGGACGUCCGGAUGAGCAAGUUGGGGGAGUUGGGGGUUAGUGGGGGUGUGGUGGAGGGUGUAUUUUGGUUGGAGGGGGUGGGGGUGCAGUGGCGGGUGCGGGGGAGGAGUUUUGUUUUUGGUGGGGGGGAUAAUGGUGAUGAGGAUGAGGAGGGGGGCAGGGGGGAGGUUUGGAGCGGGGUGAGGGUCAAAGAUCAGACGGAUCAGAAGGAGAAUGACUGGGACUGGGAGAGGAUGGUGACGACGUAUUUUGCGAGUCAUUCGCCUGUGAUGCGCGGAUCUUUCCGGAAUCCCCCGCCUGGACAACCCAGAUCUGUCAACCCAGAUGAUCUCAAGAUCGGCGACAAGGUGGAAGACCUCAAGGAUCCUAUCGCCAGAAAGAACUUCCGAGUGGUGGUUAUCCGACCCGACGAGGUGGAGAUGUUGGAUCUCUCCACGGCGCCAGAUGCGGUGCGCAAGCGGUGGACCGUGGUGAGGGAUGGACAGGAGGAAAAAUGGGAGGAGAUGGAGUUGUGGCCUUGAGUCUCGCCGUAUCGAUUAUCGGGGGAAGAACGGAUGUUCGAUACCAAGGUGUUUGAUGAUUAAUCCUUUGUUAGACAACGAGUACAGGGCGAGUGAAAAAGUCAAAGGCCGUUUGUUCAUGCAUAAAGGUCGUGCUGGAAGUCUUGUUGCUCAUUGUGUGCACACAAAGACUAGUCCUUGUGCCGGAUGUAGUCUCUGGAUAUAGAUGUUUGUGCCUUCAGGUGUUCUCGAUAUAGAUCGUGGUCGUUGUGUGGGGUCAUGCUGGAAUCAUUGUUGUAUUCUAAUGCUAUUCUGAUGCUCCUGGACUUUUGUAGCUUCGGCUCUGACAUAUUUAAUAUGGCGGUUG